UGUGUGAAAACGUGUGUUUAUGCGAUAAAAGUAUGAUUUUCUUGACUAAGGGCGCGUUUGCACUAGACCAAACGUUUUGACUAGUAUUAACAAAAUUUUUGCAUUUCCGGUUUUUUUUUCGAUUGGGAAUCGUGUUCGCACUAGCUUUUACCAAUUUUCCAAACGUCAAUCAAAGGGCGCCCUGUUGUUUUAUUUUUAUUCUUUGACGAUGUUGCCGCGAAAUAUAGUAUUCGGUUUCCUUGUGAUGAUCUUAAAUCUUUUGGUUUCACAGCAGCAAUUGCUGUUACUUCUCUGUAUCAGGAGAUUCCAACUUCUUCAAACAGCAUCUCUAUUGCAGAUAGAGCUCCUUAAUCAACGGCGUCGUCACCGAAGACGAUUUCGUCCUUACUGGGUUUUCCCGCGCCCAGCAGAAUCGUGGUUCGAAGUGCAUUUGAACAUACAAAAUUUUCCUGUUGAUUUUUUUCGCUGUCAUUUGAGGAUGAGGAGGAAUAUGUUUGAUGGCCUUCUCGUGGCUAUGAGACCCUUUAUUCAAAGACAGAACACAAGAUUUCGUGACUGUGUGCCCGCCGAGAAAGUAUUGGCCAUAGGAUUAUAUCGAAUCGCACAUGGUGGAUCCUACAUUAACACUGGACUGGCUAUGAACGUGGGGAAAGGAACUGUUUACGAGGCUUUUUACGAUGUUAUUAAUGGCCUAUAUGAGUUGCGAUUUGACUAUAUAAAAUUGCCAGAAACUAUGGCAGAGACUCGAGCGUCGAUCGAAACUUUUACUCACUUGAGCGAUUUGCCAAACAUCGCGGGUGCAGUUGAUGGCUCGCAUAUUCGUAUCAAAGCCCCUAAAGACAGCCCUGCUGAUUACUUUAGGAAAUAUCAUCAAUACGACGUUAUUAUUCAAGGUAUAGUGGACGGAAGAAAACUAUUCAUUGAUGUCGCUGCUGGAUUUCCCGGGAAAUUACAUGACGCACGUGUAUGCCKCAACAGUCCAAUCUAUCGGAAGGCAGAGAACGGUGAUAUUUUAACAGAGCCACUGUAUCAAGUAGGAAAUAGACAAAUAAAACCGUACCUCGUAGGAGAUAGUGCUUACCCACACUCUCCAUGGCUUCAAAAACCGUAUCCCGAAGGCACAACAGAUCCCAGUGAGAUACAAUUCAAUAAACAAUUAUCGUCGGCACGUGUCACAGUUGAGUGUGCUUUUGGGAUUUUAAAAGGGCGGUGGAGAAUUCUUGACUAUAUCGAAGAAGGAAACAUGUCAGUGAUUUCAAAAAUCAUUAUUGCAUGUUGUGUGCUACACAACUUUUGUAUACUAGCUGGAGAUGAGUGGGACGACGAUGAAUUAGAAGACAACGACCCUGAUAACAGGGAUAACAACAAUGACAUACUAGCAGAUGGCGAUGCAAUAAGAGAACUACUAAAAGACUAUUUGUAGUGAAAUAUUUUAAUAUWAUCACUGUGAUUAACUUUCCUAUAAA